AAACGACACCGUGUUCUGGUCCACAGUCAAAAAGAGUACACUCACACACAGUCAACGAAAGAGCUGAGUCAAAUUUUGUUAGACCAAUUUGGUUCCUCAUCAUGGCUGCAGCUUCGUCAGUUCCCUCUCUCGCCGAUCGAGUCGCAAUAGUCACCGGUUCAUCUCGUGGUAUUGGCCGAGCCGUAGCCAUACACCUCGCCGAGCUCGGCGCCAAGAUAGUCAUCAACUACACCACCAGAUCCACUGAGGCCGAUCAAGUCGCCGCCGAAAUCAACUCAUCCGCCGGCGCCGGUCCCGAACCUAUAGCCGUCGUGUUCCGCGCCGAUAUAUCAGAGCCGAGCCAGGUCGAGUCUCUCUUCGACGCGGCGGAGAAAGCCUUUAACUCGCCGGUUCACAUCCUGGUUAACUCAGCUGGAAUCCUCGAUCCUAAUUACCCUACCAUCGCCAACACUCCAGUUGAAGUUUUCGAUCGCAUCUUCAAGGUGAACACAAGAGGAUCAUUCUUGUGCUGUAAAGAAGCUGCAAAAAGGCUAAAACGUGGAGGCGGUGGGAGGAUUAUACUGGUAACGUCUUCAUUAACCGAGGCGCUGAUCCCAGGGCAAGGAGCUUACACAGCAUCAAAGGCAGCUGUUGAAACAAUGGUGAAGAUUCUUGCUAAGGAACUUAAAGGUUCAGGAAUCACUGCAAACUGUGUUUCUCCAGGGCCUGUUGCGACUGAGAUGUUCUUUGAUGGGAAGAGCGAUGAGACGGUUAAGUACAUCAUUGAUAAUAGUCCUUUUGGUAGGCUUGGUGAGACUAAAGACAUUGCUUCUGUUGUUUGUUUCUUAGCUAGUGAUGGUGGUGAGUGGAUCAAUGGACAAGUUAUUGUUGCUAAUGGUGCAUUCCUCAAAUGAAUAUGGUUUCUUUCUUC